CAGACACCUCCGAGUUGUCGAUUGUACCACGCACACGAUGAGACCGACAACGAUACUGCAGGGCGCUCGCUCUGUGUGGAAGGGCCCACACAUUGUCCCAUUGCCCAUUGUCCGUCCCAAGCACGGCGAGCGCGCUCCUCCGAUCAAGACGCAAGCCCGUAGUGCCACCAUCCUGCCCAACUUCGUAGGCUUGAUCUUCCAGGUCCACAACGGCAAGAUCUACAACGAUGUCAGAAUCACUGAAGACAUGGUCGGUCACAAGCUAGGAGAGUUCUCAGCGACGAGAAAGCGCUUUACCUACAAGCAGACCAAGAACAAGUGAUUGGUACAUUAUCGUUUCUUUGCGGUUCCUGGCGUUCAGUGGCGUCUCUUGUACAAAUUACCAAGUUCAGAAAGCACAAUAUGCCAGCCUUGUCACAUCACCC